UUUGGGUCCGCCUUCCGCCCUCUGACCCUCUCCGCCGCCGCGGCGGCGGCGGCGGCGGUGGCGGCGACGAGGAUGGAGCCGGUGCCGCCGCAGUCUGGGACUCGGCCAGGCGCUGCCGCGGUCGGCGACUCGGUGGUGGAGCCCGUGACGCCGCCGCUCAGGCGGGGAGACAAGGUCCGCAUCCGAGACCUCGCCUCCCGCCCCGAGCUGAACGGGGUCGUCGCGACGCUCGGCCACCGGGACGGUGCUGAGCGAUGGCGAGUGAAGACGCCGGACAAGCAGGUGUUCGCCAUUUUGCGCUCCAACCUCGACCCGCUGCCGCUGCCGAAGAAGCGGGACCGAGAGCCGCCUCCACCCGCGAGGCUCUCGCUGUGCGGCUAUCAGCCGAGCGAGCGCGCGCGCGCACCGCUCCGGCGGAAGACUUCGCUGGCCGACUUCGUGCCUGCAGGGCGUGGGCCACCAGACGCGGCGGCGUCAGGGGGGCGGGGCGAGGAGCCGUGCCUCGCGGGCGCCGGCGGGCCGGCGGGCGGCGCCGGCGGCGCGAGAGGGCGGGAGGCAGGCGGCGUGGCCCUCACCCCACAUACACACGCUCACAACACCGCGAGGGCGCCCUUCCCACACCCUCCCGGCACCCUCCCGGCACCCUCCCGGCACCCUCCCCGACCCUCCCCCUCCCGACGCGCACCCCUCCACGCCGCCGCCGCUCCUCUCCACGGCCGUCCCCGGCCCGACCGCAUGGCGCCCCCCAAAAUCCGAGCCGUGGACCCGCCCGCCGCGCAGGAGCGGCGACCGUCCUCGCCACGCCGGAGCGAGCCGCCCGCGCCGCCGCCGCCGUGGCGGCCGCAGAGGCCGAGGUUGCAGAGGCGGAGCGGCGCGUGGGCGUCGCCCGGUCGCGAAUGGGGGCGGUGGCGUGGGCGGCGUCGGAGGGCGCGAGGGCGGCGGAAACGAGGGCGAAGGACGAUGCGGAGGCGGACCUGGAGGCGGCGGAGGAGCGCCGGGACUUCUUCACCGAUCAGCUCCGGCUCUGCGGCGGCGCGCCGCCGCCGUCGGAUGGGCCGAGAGGACGUUCCACGACGAGCAGCGCCACGUCCUCACACGCGAGCUGCGCGGCUGCUGCUCCGCCGCGCACGCGCUGGUGCUGGCCCGCGCGCGGGGCGCGCCGCUGCCGUCCGUCGAAGAGGCCGAGGCCCGCCUCUCCGCGGAGAGCACUCUCGACGACGCCGCCCGCUGGAUGGCGGCCGGCGGCGCCUCGCUGCUGUGCUCCGAGGAGGGAGUUAGGAUGUUGCGCAGCUCGCUCCUCGACUCCCUUCCCCCCGUCGUCGAUGAGCCGCCUGCGGGGCGGUGGCUCUGCGACGUGUUGGAGCGGAGAUUGCGCUACAAGUCCGACUACUACAACACGCUGAUCUCGGUGUCCAACGCCUCGCGCAGCGCGCAGCCGACGGGCGUCGUCGGCGCUGCCCGCAUCUCCUUCUCCUCUCUCACGGCACUCGGCUACCACGUCGCGCCUCAGUGCGUCGCGUCGCACCACGCCGCGCGCGUCGCCAUCCUCUCGCCGGGCCGCACGGGCACAAUCUCCGUGCUCUCUGCGCUCUAUGGGCGAGAUGAGUGGGUCGUCGCGCCAUUCGACGCGCCGGAGCGGAUGCACGGGUCGGAAGUGCCCGCGGACUGGUCCGCCGUCGUGUUGCUCACGCCGCCGCUGCAGCGCGCUCGCAGCGCCCUGACCAAAUUGUGGUCGGUGAGGGCGAAGCCGAGUUGGGCGUGGAUGGUCGAGGCGCUCGGCGGCGCGGCCUCCUUUGUCUCGCCUGCUGCACUGCUCGACGCGCUGGUGCGACACAGGGUUGAGGCAGGCACGUGGGCGUUGCUGCGGCCGCAGCAGCAUUACCUGGACGCAGCGCGCCGGCACGCGCGGUGCGUGCGCACCGUGGUGCUGCGCCGCGAGCACGGCGCCGACUUUGGCGGCGACCUCCAGCAGGCGCUCCUCCAGCUUGGCGUCGAGGGGCUCGAGCAUGGCACCUUUGCCCGGAAGCACGCGAGUGAGCAGAGCGCAAAGAGCGAUGUGAGCGAUAUCCGUGACGCUGACUUCGAUCAGUUCCUGGCGGAGUACUGGCCUGAAGACGAAGACUUGUGUGUGUGAUUUGAGUGUGAGUAUGGAGGCAUGUGUACAGGCAAAAGUGUGUCUCCUUGGUGAACAAAGGAUAGCCAAGCCCCAAGCGGCCCGGUGAGAGAGUGAGAGCGGAGUGAGUCCUGCAACAGGGCGUGUGGAAGAGGAGUCGACAGUGCGAGGUCGUGAGCCGACAAUACGAGGUCGUGAGACGCAAAUCAUGCAGCGUCUACAGCCACUGAGAGGUCCCCUUGACACACGCCGAGCGACUCGCCCAAGACUCUCGCAGCCGUCGAGCACUGGCGUGUAAGCCACGGCCAGUGCUCAACGUGGACCUACCAGCGAGG